UCGAGCCCACUUUCCAAUGCCCAAAUCCAAGUCAAAGUCCUCGUUCGUUCGUCAGAUGUGUCUGCUCCUCGUUGCGUUUUGUCACCUCCGUUUCCAGUAAAACUAGACAAAGCAUGUCGGUGUUUUGUGACGUUCCGCUGUCCGCUCCUGUGGCCGUGUUCCAGUUAACGCAGGACUUCAACAACGACCCGUUUCCCACCAAGGUGAACCUCGGCGUGGGAGCCUACCGGACGGAUGACGGCCAGCCGUGGGUCCUGCCUGUGGUGAAAAAGGUGGAGAAGGUCAUCGUGCACGACGACCGGUUAAACCACGAGUACCUGCCCAUCCUCGGCCUGCCCGAGUUCAGAGCCGCGUCCUCCAGGCUCGUGCUGGGAGACAAGAGUCCCGCCAUCAUGGAGAGCAGGGUGGGGGCGGUUCAGUGUCUGGGUGGUACUGGUGCCUUGAAGAUUGGGGCGGAGUUUCUCCGUCGUUACUACAAUGGAAACAACAACACCAAAACUCCCGUAUACGUAUCUGCACCUACCUGGGAAAAUCACAAUGCUGUGUUCGCCAGUGCUGGGUUUGAGGACGUGCGCUCAUACAGGUACUGGGAUGCGGCGAAGCGGGGCCUUGAUAUGUCGGGUUUCCUUGGCGACCUGGAGAGCUGCCCCGAGCGCUCCAUCUUUGUCCUGCACGCCUGCGCCCACAACCCCACCGGCAUCGACCCCACCCAGGAGCAGUGGAGGCAGAUCGCCAGAGUCAUGAUGAGGAGGCAGCUGUUCGCGUUCUUCGACUCGGCGUACCAGGGUUUCGCCUCGGGGAACCUGGAGAGGGACGCCUGGGCCGUCCGCCAUUUUGUCUCCGCCGGCUUCGAGGUGUUCUGCGCCCAGUCGUUCUCCAAGAACUUCGGCCUUUACAACGAGCGGGUCGGCAACCUGACCGUCGUGGCCCGCGACGCCGACAGCCUGAGGCGCCUGAUGUCGCAGAUGGAGAAGAUCGCCAGGGUCACCUGGUCCAACCCGCCGUCCCAGGGAGCCCGCGUCGUGGCCCUCACGCUCAACUCGCCUCAGCUCUUCGACGAAUGGAAGGACAACGUGAAGACCAUGGCCGACAGGGUUCUGCUGAUGCGGGCUCAGCUGAAGGCCAAGCUUCACGCCCUGAGGACCCCGGGGACGUGGGACCACAUCACACAGCAGAUCGGCAUGUUCAGCUUCACAGGCCUCAACCCCAAGCAAGUGGAGUAUUUGGAGAAGGAGAAACACGUCUACCUAAUGGCCAGCGGGCGCAUCAACAUGUGCGGCUUGACCACCAAGAACAUCGACUACGUGGCCGCGUCCAUCCACGAGGCCGUGACCGUGGUCCAGUGAGGCCCGGCGCUGCUCGGAGGCCCGGGACCACGUGCGCGGGGACCCCGGUAAAGCAAAGUUCACCUGUAGGCGCCUGUCUGUUAUUAAUUCACCUGUGAUUCACGUUUUUAAGUUAGCUCACGUGGAAUGCGUUCCACAGUGGUGGAACCUAGAGUAGAACCACACACUGUGAUGCAAGAGCCUCUUAUCAGUGGCACAAACACACUUAUCAGCCUGUUUGCUACUGUAGCAAGACCCUGUUCCAUCAGGUCGUCUGCUGAGAUGAAGCAACCAACAAGGGGCUUUAAAUGCAGGUUCUAUAUGUUGGAGUGAAUAAGACUUUAUUACAGUGGAUGCAGUGCAAAUGAUUGUAAAGCAAGACGAGAAGCACACAAGUUGUUUAAUCAAUUUAUUAAUAUAUUACUAAUGUCCUGUUGUAGAACAUGGUCUGUCUCGUGAUAUCUUUGGGAAACUUUGUCUGCAUUUUGCUGUACAAAACUAACUUUUCCUGUCACGUCGCAAAUAUAAACCCCUGUAAGCGGAACGGGAGCGCUUUGAAAGCGUUCUGCUUCGCCAGAGCUUCUGAUUGACGCGAGCCCUCGCUCAGCCAGUUGUCAGAUCAAAGGACCUCCCACCGUGAAGAAAAGCUUAGCAGCAACAGCCUUAGUGCUUCCAGGCAGAAUGAAUAAAGUCUAUGUGUGUGUGUGUGUGUGUGUGUGUGUGUGUGUGUGUGUGUG